UCCAGACUGGGUUAAAGGCAACAACUGAACACCAGAAAGAACAACUCAGUCUGGUUUCAGCAGCAGCAGCAGCCACUCCUCAGUCAUGGCUGCAGUAACAUUUGUGCCUUUUGUGGUGUUUUUCUCCUUUCCAUGGAUCUUUGUUCUGGCCAAUCAAGACAUACAGGAGGUAACAGUGAAGCCUGGAGAGGACGUCACUCUUCAGUGUCAGGUUCACGAAAGUCGAAUCAAUUCACAGUUGCUGUGGCGCAGUGGUAACCCGGGGUCAAGGAAAGCUGUCUUCGUCUGUCGAGAAAAGCAUUCAUAUGAAGAGUACCAGGAUCCAUCUUUUCGUGGUCGGGUGGAGCUGAGAGAUCCAGAGAUAAAGAACGGAGACUUUUCUGUGAUUCUGAAGAACGUCACCAUCAACGACACUGGGACAUAUGAGUGUGAUUAUUCUUUCAUACACAUCUGUAUAGGCUACAGACCUGAUCCCAUCAGCACCAUCAAGCUGACAGUGACAGACUCAGAGUCAAAAGCCAAGGCCGGAGAUGAUGUCACUCUUCAGUGUCAGGGUCCCAGAGAUAACAUCACAGAGUUAGAGUGGAGCAGCCUUGACCCGAAGUCAGCUGGUUAUGUCUUCUUCUUCUCCCGAGACGACCGCUCACACAAAUCCCUCCAGCUUCCAUCUUUCCGCGGUCGAGUGAAGCUGAGAGAUCCAGAGAUGAAGGACGGAGACGCUUCUGUUGUCCUGAAGAACGUCACCACCAACGACUCUGGAACAUAUGAGUGUCGAGUUUCAGCUGGCAGCAGUGGACAAAGAGAGAUAGUCAGGAACUUCAUCAUCACCCUGACAGUGACAGACCCAAGGUUAAAAGCCAAGGCCGGAGAUGAUGUCACUCUUCAGUGUCAGGGUCCCAGAGAUAACAUCACAGAGUUAGAGUGGAGCAGCCUUGACCUGAAGUCAGCUGGUUAUGUCUUCUUCUUCUCCCGAGACAACCGCUCACACAAAUCCCUCCAGCUUCCAUCUUUCCGCGGUCGAGUGGAGCUGAGAGAUCCAGAGAUGAAGGACGGAGACACUUCUGUUGUCCUGAAGAACGUCACCACCAACGACACUGGAACAUAUGAGUGUCGAGUUUCAUCUGACAGCACAAGUGAGGGAGACACACCUGAUCCCAUCAGCACCAUCAAGCUGACAGUGACAGACCCAGGUCUCACAGCUGGACGCAAGGAUGGAGGAAACAAGGAUGGAGGAAACAAGGAUGGAAGAAACAAGGAUGGAGGAAACAUGGAUGGAGGGAACAAGGAUGGAAGAAACAAGGAUGGAGGAAACAUGGAUGGUGGAAACAUGGCUGUAAGAAAAGCUAGAAACAGGGGAAUUGGACUGGCCGUUGGUCUAUCACUUGGUCCGCUUCUUGCUUCUGUUGUUGUUAUUGUUGUUGUUGUUGUUGUUGUUCGUUUUAUAUCUUGUAGAAAAUAUAAAGUCCUCAAAGAGACUAAUUUAUACUGACCUGCUGAUACAGAAAGUGACCAUCAGCAGGUGUGAAAAGUCUCAGAUCUCUUUCCUCCUGAAUGUUUGUGUCCUGCUGCUGUUACAUAGAGAAGAAAAUAACCAAACACAGAACAACAAGUCACAGGUCAAUAUCCAACACAUCCUCAAACCUAAACGACAGAAUAGGCUGAUUGUCAAUAACUCCCAAAACAACACAUGCGACCGUUCCCCACAUAUAUGACAGUUGGAAAGUACCAGCAACACACGUACUGCUUAAGUACAUUACGUAAGUCACGUGAUGAAAGUCACACAACAUUAAAAACGUGCUUAAUGUUGUGAAACGGUCGCAGUUUGGGUAGGUUUAGGCAACAAAACUACUUGGUUAGGUUAAGGAAAAGAUUGUGGUUUGGGUUAAAGUAAGUUACGUGAGAUACAUAAGUCACGUGACAUAAGUAACGUAAGGGACGUGACUUAACUCACGUGACGUUAUUCAACUUGAAACUUUAAGUAAGUCGACGUUAAUUUGGUUUCGCAUGGGACACAAACCCCAGUCUCCUUGAUGAAAGUCCUGUGCUUGUUUGACCCAUUCACCACCCCGACCACCUCCUAACGCAGAUUUUGUCGCUCUUUAUACAACGUCACCUGACUUCCUCCUUUGCUCCCGUCAUAAUUACUACGGCCAUUAGAGGUUGUGGCCUAACAAUAAACGUAAAUAUGGGUCGUAAUAAGCUGCUUUCACAAUCGACCCAUACGGCUGUUUUUCUGGUGAGGACGGGCUGGAAUAUGUUGUAGUCCACAAUAUAUAAACAAAUAAAUACACAGCAAUGAAUAUGUGAUCAAAUCUAUCAAUAAAUGAAAAAGGAAUAUUUUACUUUAUAAUUGAUAUCACAUUGAUAGUAACUGAUUCUUGCUGUCCCUGACAAAUAAAUGCUGCAUUCAGGAGUUUUAAGUUUGUGUCCAAAGGUUACAAGCCGUUACACAAAAAAAGUCAAAAACAAGCCGAUUUUCUCUUUACAACAUUUUGUUAUAAAAAAAAAUCAAAAUGACCAAAAAUGGCCUCAGUGAAACUGAAGGCUGAUAGCUGAGUGGGGAUGAUUUCAGGGUGUUGUAUCAGACUGCUCUUUAUGUUUCUGUGUUCACUUCAUGUAUCAUGUUUCAGUUUAUUCCUAUUGUAAAGCUCUUUACUGUUCUGCUUUCAGAUGCUGUUUUCAAUGUUUCUUUGUUUUUAAUUCACUCUUUGAUAAUAAUAAUAAUAAUAAUAAUAAUAAUAAUAAUAAUGUAGCUGGUGAGUAGUUUGUAUUCUGGUUGUAGUUUCUGUCUCUGUAACAACUUGUGAUAUAUUUACAAUAAACUGUCUGUUGACACA